AGCUGCUAUUGCUGAGAUCUGCCUGUCACUCACAGCUAUGACCACUUCCUGUGGAAGAAUGAAAGGACACGCUCAGUCCUUGUGUCAGCCUAAAGACCAAGCAGAGAGGAUAUGUCUGCAGCUCUGAUCUAAUUGCAUUUUAAAGAGGGCAACUCUGGAACUUGCUGUCCUAAAUCCAUGUGUAGCAGCCAGCUGCUGUUGAGGUUAGGUCCAGAUGAUACCCCAGGGUAGGAUAAUUUUGGCCCGUGCUGCGGGCUACUGGAAGCCCUUUUUUAAAGGGAGAUUCCUUAUAGUCACCAACACAGUUAGCUGUGGACUGUUGCUAGGCAUUGGAGACUGCGUCCAGCAGACCCGGGAGGUGAGGAGAGACCCAGAAAGAAAACGAGACUGGCUGCGUACAGGUAGAAUGUUCGCUAUUGGCUGCUCCAUGGGUCCCAUAAUGCACUUCUGGUAUUCUUGGCUUGAUCGAGCCUUCCCUGGAAGAGGAAUCACUAUUGUGAUGAGGAAAGUGCUAAUUGACCAACUUGUAGCCUCUCCUGUACUGGGCAUAUGGUACUUCCUUGGAAUGGGAUCUAUGGAGGGACAGAGUCUAGAAAAAAGCUGGCAAGAAUUCAGGGGAAAAUUUUGGGAGUUUUAUAAGGCUGAUUGGACUGUGUGGCCAGCAGCACAGAUGAUCAACUUUUACUUCCUAUCACCAAAAUACAGAGUCAUGUAUAUCAAUGUGAUUACAGUGGGCUGGGAUACUUAUCUUUCCUACUUGAAACACAGGAAGGAAGAAUGUGUUGCGGACACUGCCACAGGCGCUUCAAGUUUUGGGACCUUGGAUGAACUUGACAGCUGCUCCACACCACCAAAGACUCUUGAUGAAAAUGGGCAACCUUAAAAAAAUAAUAUUAUUAGUAAAUAUAAUGCUGAUGUAAUGGCUAGAUUGUUCUGCUAGAGCAUGGCCCUGUCAUCAGAGGUGUGCCCCACACAUACAUUCUUAUAAGCCAGUGGUUCUUAAACUAAGGGGCUGGCCCCACUUUGGGGACCUAGAGCAAUUGCUGGAAACGGUCAGUAAUAGGCCAAUUGCAGGGAGAAUGCUUAUUUUCUCUCCUGGAUAGCCUGUAUAAUGUGUUAGAUAUCCUUGGAACCAGAGUUGGACAACCGAUACAGUAAUAAAUAUAUAUAUUUUUAAUUGAUGUACCCUUCUUAUUGGUUCAUGGGGCUCAGACUAAACCCUAGACCAAGAAAGAUCAAAUACCAUUGCCUUAAGCACUUCAAUUAACACGUUAACUGUAUCAUUUCAAACACCAGGGCACUUGUAUGAGCUGCUCUCCAAAUCUGGGUUCUUUUAAUUCAUACAUAACAUAAGGGGAUCAACAUUUUACUUGAAUUUAUUACACUUGCCAAACUUGCUGAAGUAGUAGACUUUCACUCAGGCAAUUUUUUUAUGUACUUAAUCAAGUAGGCACAAGGACAAGUUAAGAGGUCAGCCUUGACAGAACAUGUGGUGCUUAAUAUAUGCUUUUUUUUCAAGAAAUUAUAUGAACAUUCUUAUCCUUACGGAUUCUUCAGUGCCAAAAAGGGUGUCCUAUCAUGAUUCCAAUUCUAUAUCCUUUGCUAUAAUGAAAUUAUGUAUGUAAAGUUUAUUUCUGUAAAACAAGGGUUCAGUCAUUUACCAAUCAAUGAAUGGGGAAUUAAUCGAUUUCAAGCUGCACAAGGCUUUCUGUUUUCACUACUGCUGCACUGUUAGUGGGAUGACUUACUUAGUUAUUUCAGUUGGGCCUGGUUAAAGGUGCAAUAUCGUGCCAUAUCCAGAAUAAAAAAAAUAUUUGCUGUUGUUUUCAGGUAGAACUAAAAAGUACUGUUAAUUUAGAAAACUAUGACAUCACAUUUGUGCUUCUAUGGAGAAGUAUUUCCUGGUUUCUGUCACUGGCCUAAAAAAGCCAUAUUUUAUUUAUGACACUGAGUAAAGCUGUAUGCUUAGAGCACUUGUGGCAUCAUUGUAACAAUCACAAUGAGAGGUACAUUUAGGCUAGAUACAUCUUCUUGUCAGAGUUGGAAAUAGCCUGCAUGGGGACAUUAGUUUGAGGUGGUGGCCCCUGGACACCUUUCUUCAAUAUUGCUUGUUGUAGUCUAUAGCAGUUAUGCUCAGCCUAAACUGUGCCUUAGGAAAUGUUGCGUGUAGCACUCUAUCAUACAUCUGGUAUACAGUUGCUAUAGGCUCUGUUUUUCUUGAGCCUUACUAUACUGUCACUUGGGGAGGCCUUUGUCAAUUCAGCUAUUAGAGUGGAACAGGUAAGAGUUUUUAUUAAGGCAGAAAAACGUGUGAGUGUAUAUUUAUAUGUAUAUAUAUAUAUAUAUAUAUAUAUAUAUAUAUAUAUAUAUA